AUGAGCGUGCGCAAGGCGCAUAACUCCGGCCGCAACCACCUCCGCAACGUGGUGGAAUACUAUCAGCAGAUCGGUCAAGAGAAGGCCCAAUCAGUCAUUGACUCUAUCACCUCCUCCUACGCCGCAGAGGGCCAGGCCGUACCCAAUCCAGCAAUGGUGCCCCCCGGCGCAUUCCCGCCUCCAUUCGGCUUCCCAGUCCUCCCCGGCGGCCGCGGCAUGCCCUUCCCCCCAUUCCCGCCUAACGCCUCCGGCACCCCUCCCCAAGGCGGCUUCCCUCCACCACUCCCCAACAUGCCCAACAUGCCCCCCGGCGCAGGUAACCUGCCUCCACCCCCACCAGGCGGAUUCCCGAAUUUCCCCAUCCCCCCACCCGGCGCGGCAGGUUCGUUCCCUCCGCCGAUGCCUGGACAGUAUGGUGCGUCGGAUUCGCCGAUUCCUAGUGGACCGCGAGGAUCGGAGGGGUACCCGCCUCCUCCUGGUGGAGGGCCGCCUCCUGGUCGGGGAGAUCGGUGGUGA